CUUUUCUAGCCCGAAGGGCUCUAGCCUUCUGCAUUACCAAGCACUUCUGCAUCUGAACUACUGUGAAAUCAGCAAGCAACGAAACACUGGAACAUGCAGAGAGCUGGAGUGAGACCACAUUGCUGCGGCCAUCAUAAAAAGGCAAAGGGAUUUUUUUAUCUUCUUUCUUUAAGCAACCGUCUUUUACAGAAUACUUUAAACACUGGGAUUUAUGAGUCAUUCUAAAAAAAAAACAAGCUGCAUACCUCUCACCAUGACACAAGUUCCCAAAAUCUUGUAUUAAAUAAAUAUAUAAAUGAUCUACAGAGUAACAGAGGAAACCAAUUUGUGCUUUCCUCAUCUAUUGGUGCUUCGCUUUCCAAAUGCAUGAAAUAGGAUAUGGAGUUUGUAGUACUUUGCUCCUGCCUCUUUAAUGGUGCCCCCCACCCUUUAUUCCCUCCAAGCCAUGUCUCCUCCCAGUUUUCAGAAACAAGCCAUCUGACCCCAAAUCUGUAAGUCCAGGCGCCAGAAUAGAGAGUGAAAGAGUAGAGGGAGUGAUGGAUUCGAAGCUCAAGUUCAAGGAUUCCAGAGACGAAUAAAAAUAUAAAACGAGUAAGAAUUCUUCAUCCAACAGAGAAGUUUAUUGAUUUGGAAUGCAAAGAUUUCUUUUCAACCAUGAAGCGUUUACCCAGUCACCAUCUAGAUGUGCGUCUUUUUCCUCGCUUCCUCGGCCUGUGUAGGAAAUACCGUUCUCCUUCUCCACUACCAGGAUCUCCUCCAAAGGGGAAGCUACGCCUGCGCUCCCCUCCUGGGGUGUUUGUGUUUAUUGGCAUCAUCCUUGUACUAACAGGUCUGACAGUGGCUGUUGUUGGCUACUGGCCUCAGAGAACUAACAUUGCUUCCCCAACAAUUAUUCCACCACAGCCAAGACCACAUGCAGAGAGGUUGAAGUUGAUAGGUCCUGUCAUCAUGGGAGUAGGGUUAUUUGUGUUUAUUUGUGCUAAUACACUUCUUUACGAAAACCGCGACACAGAAACGAGGAGGCUUCUUCAGAAUAGUGUUGUCAUACCAAGACCGACUAAUGUGACUUUAACUACCAAUUCAAGGGGGCAAAUACCACUGCAGAGCACAUGGGGCGAAAGUUCUGGAGAGAUGGACAAUAGACGCAAUAUUUUAAUUCGUGCACAGCUUUUGUGCCCCCCUAUCAAUGACUUAUCUGUGUCCCUAGUGAGCAUCCACUCUGAUCCUUGCAUUUCAUCGUUAUCACAACUUGGGAAUGGAUGGAAACAGAAGAAGGAAGCAGUGGCAAGAAGUUAUAGUUCUUCAGUGAAGAUAGAUAUGGCAGAUGUGGGACAAGUAAAAGGAAGUUUAGAGGUGCCAGACAUAGGAAGAAAAAGUAAAAGUUGGCCAAGGCUGGAGGAAUGCAAUGCAAAGCCGAAACAUUCCAAGGAAAAAAAGCUGGAAGUUGGAGAGAGAGAGAGCAGCCAAGAGACUGUGCCAGAGAUGGCCUAACUAAAGAAUAAGGAAUGUAAUUUUAAAAUCACCAGGCACCCGAUGCAGAGGAUUGUGGAGGUCAUGGUGAGUGAGGACAAGGGGAUGUUCCACCAUAUACUGGUAAACUGUGUAUUACUCAUACCCUGAGCUUCUAAACAUAUACAUUUAUUAAUGGUAGAUCAAUACACUACUAUGUCCCUUAAAUGUAAUGGUGAUGUACUCAGCAAUUGCAGCCUCCUGCCAGGGUCUUACAUAUGGAUGGGAACUGUCACCAUAGAAUUUUUUCAUGUGACAACAAAGUCACUGAGACACAAUGGGGAGAUGGGACACUGAAUGUGAAGGCUUUAUGCUUCGAUGAAAGGCUUUUGUUUUAUUGUUGGUUAAAGUGUUCGGACAGUUUAUAAUAAUUUGAUAGAUAACCUCUGUUUUUUCACUCCCCUCUCCCUGAUUAUUACCAUGCUGUCCCAUGGUUUUAUACAUUGAUAUUACCUCCCAGGGGCGGGAUAAUUUUUGUGGCUCUUCCACUCCAACUGCCCCAAGUGUUGGACCAACACUUGGGUGUUUAGUCUCUUUGUUCCCAUAGAGAAAUAGGUAAUGACCAUAAAUUGGGCCAAAUGGUAAGAGGCAGGAGGGCCCACUGACACCGGGGCUCCCCGGGAGUUUUCCUGGUAUCCCUGUGGGCCAGUCCAACACUGGUACCCAUUAAAAAUGUACAUUUCCUGCCUAGUUCCAGAUACAGGAUUUACAUGCUGUUUGUUUUAUGCAGAAGAAAAAAAAAGUAUUUCAGCUUUCAGUGAGUUAAGUUCCUGGCCUAGGCCCCCAGCAUCUGGAGGAGGAAGUGAGAUUAGAUCCAGAUGUGGAGAACUGCACAGCCCCUCCCUGCACACCCAAGCUCAUGGAUAAUGUUCUUCAAGCUAUGACUGCCUCACUGCUUAUUUCUUACCAGCAAAUGCCUUUCAGCUUAAAUCAGGAACGGGUGGCUGCAUGGGUUGCAUUACAACUCCCAGCAGCAGUGACAGGCUGUGUAAGUGGCUGUUUAAAGGGGAAGUUUACUUUUGAAUUUUUUUAAAUUUACUUAUAUUGUUCUCUAGUUAACCCUGUUCUAAGCACCUUUCCAAUUUGUCUUUUAUAUUUAUUAAUGUAUGUUUUUUUGUUUAUUAUUCUUACUGACUUACUAACUUCUUUCAGACUGCAACUGAAAAUGCUCAUUGACCACAGCUAUCAAAUAAUAAAUUGACUGUAUGGUUUUAUUGUUA